AUGACUACGUUGUACGAGUAUCUAGUCCCGCCGCAGUUCAAGGCCCAGACAGAGAACGUUGGUGUUAUUGGAGCCAUCACCAUCACUGACCACCCGGCUACCAACAGACCUGUGUUUUUUAUUCAUCCGUGUCAGACGGCCGAGGUGAUGGAGGCCUCUAUUGACAGAAACAUUACAGCGGAUGAGUAUCUGAUGGUAUGGAUAGGAGCCAUGGGAAAGGCUGCUGGCUUGCAUGUACCUCUACAACUAGCAAGACCAAACGAUACUUGA